AUAUUGGAAAAGCAUAAAUUUGUCGCCGCAGCGUCCACAAUGAGAAAAGGACUGCUUCUUUCGCAUACUCGCCAUACUAUGUAUAGUACGAGGGAAAAUGUAAUAAAAGUCAACAAGUACAAAAAAUUGAAAGAUUUAGCUUGGAGCUAGAAACGAGUAUAAUUGAAUCAUUCAAUCACAGGUCUUGUACAAGUUUAUUCUUUUUACUGUUAACACGGUGGUUAUAUAUGACCGCAAAUUGUUACUGCUGCAGCGCCACGGUGGUCAUCGGUGACUGGAGUGCUUCAACUGUGUGUAAUUGUAAAACUUGUAAAGUCGAAUGAACAUUGACAUUAUCGCUGAUUAGAGAAUACUUUGAAACGAAAUGUGCACAAUUCAACAAUUAAAAAUUUUUAUUAGGAAUCAAAAAUGAGAGAUUAAUUUUUAUCCAAUCUUCUGCCGGUGUAUUGCAUUAAAGUAUGUGGUAUUGCUGGGCAGUAUGUGGUAACCUUGUCUGUGGUCCCACUUUUAGCAAUCUUUGAUCUAAAACUUUCGAAACUUUAUUGAUAACAUUAUUUGCAAAAUUUUCACACCAUGUAUACUGGCCCUUUCUUUUUUUGCAUCAUGUAGUAAUUUUCUUCGGAUAGAUAUAUUUGAUGUCCCUUGUGCUUCUACAUCAUGGCACUGCGUGAGAUGCAAGUAUUAUAGAAAAUAUUGCCAGUAUUAUAGAAAUGAACAAAUGCUAUUUACCGUAUCUUCUACACAUUUACCUUUCUCGCUAGCUCACGAUUUUUAUGAUGCUUGCAAUACGAACCCUUACGAUUUAAUAACUAAUGCAGUUGUCUUUGUCAAAGUAAAUGGAGAUCAUUUAUUUGUCAAUAUUUAGAAUGAUAUUUUUCUUCUAUUUUUCAUCAUUUCUCAUUUUUUUCUCUUAUUUCAGAUAUUGGUAAAACAAGAGCUUAUCGCUGUGACAAUAUUUGUAUAACCACCGCAGGGAUCACAAUGGAAUAUAGUGAAUAUAGAUAUAUUUCAGGUUUCAAUCACAUUCUUAUAUUCUAA